UUUCUAUACACAAUUGUGUAUUCCGAGUCUUAUAAAUUCACCUAUGCACUGCAUACAAGCCUUCCUUAUUUGUCUGUCGGAAGAUUGCAAAAAGGAAUGUUUUGCUCGGAAACACGGCCCGAAGGAACAAUGAUGGCGGGAUCAUCUCCAACUGGUUACACUCGAACGACUCCGAUCUUCUACCGACGCCUGUUGAGAAUAUGAGGAGGUUGGGCGAUAUAAACCUCGGCUCUAUCUACUCAGAAUACUAUGAAUAUAGACAUAACUUAGUGACGUAGAUGAAUAACUAUGAAUGAAUUAAGCGGAUAUACCCUCUAAAGCAAUCACGAUGUCGACAACUCAAACUACCCUCACGGAGACUCAGUCCUAUCCCAUGACCGAACUCCGCCGGCCCGUCUCCAAAGAUGCAGAAGCCUCACCCGUAGAAGCGGAUGAAGAGGCGCCCCCGGCCGAUACGGAUGUAAUCCGGAGUGAACCCACCGAUACCCCCGUAGCGAAGCUAGUCGUCGCGGGAUACUCGUUCUUCUGCGCCGGUGUCAAUGACGGCACCUUGGGUCCUCUAAUUCCGUAUAUAAUUUCCAGCUUCGGCGUCGGCACUGGCGAGAUCGCCAUCAUUUAUGGCACAACCUUCGCCGGCUGGCUCCUCGCAGCCCUAACCAACCCGCCCAUGACCACACACCUAACCCUAGGCCACCUCCUCUUCAUUGGCGCCAUCCUGCAACUCCUAGCGCACUGUCUACGUCCGUGGAGUCCCCUACCCCUAUUCUGCAUAACCUUCUUCCUACAAUCUUUAGGAAUGGCGUACCAAGACUCACACUCAAACACAUUCGUCAGCGGUCUACGCAACGUACCGCAUCGCUGGUUAAGCUUCAUCCACGCGUGCUACGCACUAGGAUGUUUCAUCGGUCCACUCAUCGCCACAGCCAUCGCGACAAGUCCUAAUAGCAUGGCCAUAGAUGGGUGGAAAAGGGUGUAUUUGGUACUCAUCGGGAUAUGCGUGGUCAACGUCGUCGGCGUGGCCGUUGCGUUCCGGGAUACGCUCUUCGCGGGUUUUAAAGCACGGGAUAAUAACGCUGAUAACAAUAACCAGCAGAAAAAGAGCACUCGAAACACUAUGUUCCGCGUCCUAGCAAGUAAAACCCUCUGGCUCCUAAGCGCUUUCUACUUCUUCGUCCUAGGCGCGGCUUUCACAGCCGGUGGCUGGGUCGUCGAGUUCCUGACCACGGUGCGCGGUGGGUCGCUUGCGUCGGCUGGAUACGUACCGACGGGUUUCUACGGCGGUAUGCUCGCGGGCCGUUUAUUACUGGCCGAGCCUACGUUUCGGCUAGGUGAGCGCCGUAUGAUAUUGGUGUAUAGCGCGUUAUGUGCUGCGUUGCAGCUCGUGUUCUGGUUACAACCUAGUCUCGUGGGGAGUGCAGUUGCGCUGAGCUUUAUUGGUUUUUUCUCUGGCCCUUUUUUUGCUACGGGCAUGUCCGUCGCGUCGAAAUUAUUCCCCCGAGAAUCCCAGCCCGCAGCCCUAGGUUUUAUCUUCGUGAUAGCACAAGCAGGGGGUGCCAUCUUCCCUUCUAUCACUGGUAUCAUAGCCGCGAAGGCGGGUGUGGCCGUCUUGCAGCCUAUUGUGCUGGCGCUUUUCGUUGCUGGUGGGAUUAGUUGGGGGCUAGUUCCGAAGGUGCCGCAGCGUAACGAGUAAAAACACUUGCUCCCGCGAAGAAUUGUGUAGGUAUCAUUACAACAUCAGGCACUUAGGCGCCUCAACCCAAUUGAGAUGCUAUUGUCUUAGCCGGACUAAAACAGUCGUC